CUCGGCGGUGUCAGGGGCGGCUGCUGCCUGCGUGGGAGGCAGGCUGCGCCGUGGUGGGCGAGGCUGGUAGGGGUGGACGCAGGCGCCGGGCUUUGCUGGCCUCUCGCAGAUAAGGAAAUUGAAUCACAGAGAGGUUAAGGGCCACAGGAUUUGGAGUUAAGCCAUUUGGGUGGAAAGGAGGAAACCAGUGGUUGAAAAUAGAAGAGCUGUGAAUUCCUUUGGACAAUUGAUGGUAUUUAUCAUUGUGCCCAGUUUCUACAAAUAAGAGAUGGGUGGAUUAUUUUCUCGAUGGAGGACAAAACCUUCAACUGUAGAAGUUCUGGAGAAUAUAGAUAAGGAAAUUCAAGCAUUGGAAGAAUUUAGGGAAAAAAAUCAGAGACUACAAAAGUUAUGGGUUGGAAGAUUAAUUCUCUAUUCCUCAGUUCUUUAUCUGUUUACAUGCUUAAUUGUAUACUUGUGGUAUCUUCCUGAUGAAUUUACAGCAAGACUUGCCAUGACACUCCCAUUUUUUGCUUUUCCUUUGAUCAUCUGGAGCAUAAGAACGGUGCUUAUUUUCUUCUUUUCCAAGAGAACAGAAAGAAAUAAUGAAGCAUUGGAGGAUUUAAAAUCCCAGAAGAAAAAAAUACUUGAAGAAGUCAUGGAAAAAGAAACUUAUAAGACGGCUAAAUUAAUUCUUGAAAGAUUUGAUCCAGACUCAAAGAAAGCAAAGGAGUUUGAGCCGCCAUCUGCUGGAGCAGCUGUAACUGCAAGACCUGGACAAGAGAUUCGUCAGCGAACUGCAGCUCAAAGAAACCUUUCUCCAACACCAGCAAGCUCCAACCAGGGCCCUCCUCCACAAGUUCCAGUAUCUCCUGGACCACCAAAGGAUACUUCAGCCCCUGGUGGACCUCCAGAAAGAACUGUUACUCCAGCCCUACCGUCAAAUGUGUUACCAAGACGUCUUGGAUCCCCUGCUACUUCAGUGCCUGGAAUGGGUCUUCAUCCUCCAGGUCCACCUUUAGCAAGACCCAUUCUCCCCCGAGAACGAGGUGCUCUGGAUAGAAUUGUUGAAUAUUUGGUUGGUGAUGGUCCACAGAACAGGUAUGCCCUUAUAUGUCAGCAAUGUUUUUCUCAUAAUGGCAUGGCUUUGAAGGAAGAAUUUGAAUACAUUGCUUUUCGAUGUGCCUACUGUUUUUUCUUGAAUCCUGCAAGAAAAACCAGACCCCAGGCUCCACGACUUCCAGAAUUUAGUUUUGAGAAAAGGCAGGCAGCAGAAGGCUCAAGUUCGGUUGGUACUUUGCCAUCAGGAAGUGUGCUUCCAUCAGAAAACCAACUCAGUGAAGAAUCUUUAGAAGAAGAAAAUAUUCUCGAUAAUAGUACAGUGCAGACAGACAACAAAAUAUCACCUACAGAGCAGACAAACCAAGUGAUUGAAAAAGCAUCUGGCACAGAGGAACCAGAGGAGAAACAAGAAGACACUGAGAAUGAGGACACCUCAAUGAAUGAUGAUGAAUCGAUAGUUCCCAGUGUUGAUUUUAUUCCAGACCCUGAACUAAGUGGAGAUUCUUUGGUGAAAAAGGAGUAAAUGCUUCCACGUGCCUACAACUGGAUAUUUAUAGUCUUAUUGAUGUCAGUUAUUGCUUUUCAGGUGGUGUUUUUUCUUGUUUUUUUUUUUUUUCCCUCUAAGAAUAUGCUUUUAUCUGAGUUCAGAUUGCCUAGCUAUUUCAAGAUGUCAAAGUUGUAUCUACAUGAGUAUUAAAAUUAAACACAAAUACUAUCAGUAACGUAACAUCCUUUUGAAUGUACAAAGACCAGUACUACUGCAGACAGCUUUUAGAUAUUUUUUGUCUAUUCCAAAAGUAAGCAGACAUGAUAGAAUUCUUGUUUUGUAUAUGUGUGACCUGUAAAUAAUAUCCAUGUCGACAUAGGAAGAAUUUUGGUUAGGAAUAAGUUCUCUAAUAGUGUUUGGUUUAAGGAAUGAAACCCAAUUAAGAUUUUGAACACUUUAUUGUUAAAAAUGGAUAGAAUUUUAACUCUUGAUAUAUUUGCUAGGAUGGGGUGGGAAGAGUAUUUAAGCAUUUACCUUAAGCGGUAUGCAGGUUGUAACUACAUAGGCAUUGGUACGAAUUUUUCAAUAAGAAUGCAAUUGAACAGUCAAGUGCGGUGUUUUCUUUUUGAUGAUGCUCGUUUUGCAGCUAGGUCAAAGGUACAUGGUAUAUAUAAUUAGCUUAUGUUUACAUAUUAACAAAUAGGAAUUAUCUCUGCACUUGACUGUACUUGAAUUCUGAGCAUUAUUUAUACUUGUAAAAUAAUGAUGAUAUAAAAUUGAGUUUUGUGCUCUUGUGUGUAUUUUGUUAAGGAAAAUAAAGUUGAUCUGGCAGCAGUUUCUUUUUUUUAAAUAACUAGACUUCUUCAAUUGACAGGAUGACUUGGAUGACACAAAUCUUAGUAGGAAGAACUCAACAACAAUACAUCUAUAGAUUCUGCUUAGAAUAAAUUAUAAUGCUUAUAUUCAGACUUCUCAAAUUCAAAGAAACAGUGACAUUUAGAGGCUCUCAUCAAAGGUUAGGUUUUUCUGGUUGAGGAACACCUUAGGCCAUUUGUAACUUUCAACUUUGAGAGCAAAAUAUAUUUUGUGAGAUUAGGCAGUUAGAUGCUGAUAGUCCACUGAAUUUCAUAUGUGUGCUAAGUAUUAUCUGGGAAAAAUUUUUGAUCCAGAAUGGUAAUUCUUGUACCUCAAGUACAAUGUGGCUGUCUUGUAUAGCUUCCUUUUAUCUAUCUUCUCCAUUAUUAAAAAAAAAAAUCAAGUUAUGCCAAAGAGAGGAAUAUAUGCAAAUGAUGUGUGUGGCUAAUAUUUCUAAGUUGUACACGUUUGUUAAAAUUGAAUAAAACAUUUACUUUUUAUUAGAAAUUCAUCUUUAUGAUUUACUAUCUUGUAGUUGACAGAUAUUUUUAAGGAACCCAAUCUGUUAAUAAUCUGAAGCAUCAUGGUAUAGUUACCACAGUUUGGAGUGUACAGACUGAAUUCUAGCUUUGCAGUGUUGGGCAAGUAACCCGACCUCUCUGAGACUGUUUCCUCAUUUGUAAAAUGGGAAGAAUAAUACCUACUUUUCAGGGUAUUGGGAGGAUUAAAAGUAAUUUCUGUAAUGUGCCUAGCUCACUGCCUGAUAAUUAACACAUAUUAAGUGAAAGAUAGCAUUUAUUAUUAUUGAUAUCCUUAUGAAAUAUGAAAGGGCCAUAAAUUCUUCCUUCUAUAGAUAAGGAAAUUAAAAAAUAAUAUAUAAUUCAGCUGAUCAGAAUCAAGGCAAUUCUUCAUUCACUUAUAGUGCUCUAGUAACUUCUUUAUCAUAGGUAUGUGUGUGUAUAUAUAUAUAUAUAUAUAUACACACACAUAGAUUAAGGAAAUAGGAAACUGAAUGUAAUCUUCCUGAUGAAUUUUCUGUUUUUUUUGUGCUAUUAUUGGUCAAUAUACAUUUUAUUAACAUCUUGCAGGAUUUUCUUGUUAUAAAACAUUCAAAUUCUUGCAUACGCUACUUGAAAAUGAAGAGGAUCUCAGAGAAAUAAAUAAAAUCGAGCAGAUAUUAUGAGAAAUAUCUUUGAAAUAUGUGGAAGAAGGUUAAAAAGUGAUUAGUAAAAUUAAUGCAACAUGUAACAUGCUAUAAUUGAA